CCUCCUGCUGCCGUCGAUGUCCUCCAGGCCUGGAAAGACGCCCAACGGGAAACUGUCGUCUUGAACGGUCGGUCUUUUUCGGGGGAUCCCUCCGGACUGCAGUCCGAAAUGCACCGACUGGUCGCCCCCUUGGUGGUGGAUUCGGAAACCGCCACGUUGCUCUGUCAAGACAUUUUACGGGCAUCCUCUAGGACGGCCUCAGGAGGCGAUUCCUACGUUAUUACCACGAGCCUUCUGGUACGGCCAGGCAACCUUCUGACUCCCGCAAUGGCCGCCUCUUCCAUCCCCAUUUCUAUCCAUAUCGGUGCGGAGGAAGGGGUUGUCGACAUUGCUGCCUACAAUAGCUACGUAUUGCACUGGGACAUGCUGGAGGACGGAGGGGGGGGAGCCGGGAAGGAGGGGAGGAAGGAGGCCAGAAAUCCAAGUGAGUGGGACCUUCCAAUGUGGCAAUCCUAUAUAGACGGAGGACGGGAAGGGACAAGCACGAGGAAAAAAAUGGGAGGGUUCUUGACGCAGAUGCUGCAGGCGUCGGGGGGUAACGGUUUUCAACGGCAUGUUCAUCCGCGCCGUUAUUUUCAGGACCGUGGGAAAGGGCCUGGGGAGGGUGUAGGGACGAGGGAGGAAUGCACAGGAACUGAAGAUGCUGGAAAGGAAAAGGAGCAGACAGGCGUGGGCUCCAAGAAGGAAGGCGAUCAAGAUAGGCUUGGAGAGAAAGGGGAGGGAAGAGGGGAAGGGGGCGGAGGAAGGGUGAAGGGAGAGGAGGAGGAGGAGGAGGAGGCGGAAGCGGGGGAGCGGAUCGUCCUCCAGACUCUGUUGGAGGUGAGACUCGACGUUUUGACACGCAACAGCAGCAGAAAGAUGCGUGUAUGGUGCCAGGAAACCGAAAAAGUACCCGGAUCUUUCUUGGUCCUGGGAGCAGGGGAGGGGAAGGUAAAUGGGACCUAUUUUCUGCACGGUUUCCAGGGUCGAGCGCCCUGGUACAUGAAGGAGGAGGAAGAGGAAGAGGAGGAGGAGGGAGAGCGGGCAAGAGUGGUGUUGGUGCGGGACGAAGGCUGGGUGCGGCCGAGUCGG